AUUCCCCCACUUCCCAACCAUCCCCUCCCACACCACACCACAACUCAUCCCUUUCAUCCUCUUCUCCCAUUCUCCCCUCUCCCUUCACUCUCCCACACAUACAACUUUUAAAUUAAACCCAUAAAAUCCUCCUUGUAAUUUAGACCUUAAAAAGUUUGGCUCAUUCUUUUCUAAUUCAGCCUGGAUUGGAGCCAAUGUCGUCGACCCAAUCCGACACGGCCAUCGCUAGUAGCAAGUCGCUCGACAUGACAACAUCACCACAGCCCAAUCUGCAGCCCGGCACGCCCGACCAGCCCGUGAAGCCCAAGCGGGCCCGGCGGGCAGACGGUGGCAACAAGCACCCGGUAUACCACGGAGUCCGGAUGCGGGCGUGGGGCAGGUGGGUCUCGGAGAUCCGGGAGCCCCGGAAGAAGAACCGGAUCUGGCUCGGCACAUUCGCCACCCCGGAGAUGGCUGCCCGGGCCCACGACGCGGCCGCUCUGGCCCUCAAGGGCCGGUCCGCCGUGCUCAAUUUCCCCGAACUCGCAGCCUCCCUCCCCAAGCUCGCCUCCACCGCCCCCCACCACAUCCAGGCUGCCGCCGCCAAGGCUGCCUCUAUAGACAUUGCUCCGACUAAUCCAGCGACUGCCACCACGAGCGGGUCCCAGUCUUCGGGGGGCAGCAACUCGUGGUCGUCCGAGGGACUUGUCGACCUCAGCGGAGGAGGAGGAGAAGCUCCGGAGAUCGUAGAGCUGCCGAGACUCGGGGAGAUCAUCGAGCUGCCGAGACUCGGGACGAGCUUCGACUCCUUCAUCGAGUCGAUGGAUCAAGCUGGGUCGUGGGUCUACCCUCAUUGGUACUACAAUGACAAUGAGGAGAUAUCAUCGGCCGAAGAGUGUAGCGUCAUCAGUGGUGGGUUUGAUGCUUUUUUCGGAGAAUUGUUAAUUCCAUAAUUUCAAUUGGUGAAUGUAUUUUGCCUUUUCCUUCAUAUAUAUAUAUAUAUAUAUAUAUAAUUUCAUCUUUUUUUAUUGUCUUUUAUGUUGUCUUUUUUUUUCUUUUUUCCCCCAACUUUCAUGGGGAAUUUUCCAAAAUUUUCUUGGCUUUUUCUCGAUUUUGUGUGAGCCCUCCUCAGAUUCUUUUUGGCUUCUUGAAGGGCUUAGGAUUCUUGUCUUUCUUCAACGAGUUGUUGUAUAACAUCCAUGCUUUGUCCCCAUAAUAAUAAUAAUAUGAUGGCAAAAUUUCUAGAGGAAAA